AUGCUUGCUGGUCUUGGCACAGCUUCCGUGGUCGUGGUCUAUCUCGAGCUCACCGUGGCGCUUACCGGCGAUUCCCCGGCGCUUCCAUGGGAGGUCAUCGAAAGGACCAUCGACCACUGUUCCGGCGACCACUCCACGCUGCGCACUAUCGCUCUCACAUGCAGCCAGCUCCAUCCUCGUAGCGUCUUUGUCCCCUUAACAGAUGUUUACCUCAGAAGCGAAGAACAGAUCACGGGGUUCUACAACGCUGUCCGAGCUCAGCCGUACUUUCAGCCUGUCGUGCAAUUUCUGUCGUUUCCGUGGCCCGCGGACGAUAUCUCUCCAUUCCCGCUGCUGUCCUUCCUCCCCGGUCUCCGCCAUCUCACAUUCGAUGGCAUUACGUCUAUCAACACGGACGACAUCCAACUCCUGCAUGCGACUCCAUUCGCAACUGGCCUUCUGAGCCUGACUAUCCGCGGUGCUUGGUUCCGAACGUACACCGCCUUCCUUCAAUUCCUUUCAGCCUUCCCGAACAUCGAAAACCUUACCUAUACUGUGAGUGGCUUUGAUUCCCUGGUCGAAUCGGUCACGACUCGGACGUCACCGCACUUGUCUUCUCCUCGGACGGGCGGUGCGACGGCCUCGAGUGACUCCACAAUCAUCCUCUGGGAUACCGGAGAUAGGCGUAUCUCGCAAGAGUGGUUCGCCUACAUCGGAACGGUUUGGGAUCUCGCAUUCUCGCCAGAUGGUCGACACCUCGUGUCCGCAGGUGGAGAUGGGAAGGUGGCGAUCUGGGAUAUCAACGUCAGCCCACAACAAGUCGCCACCCUCGAAGGUCACUUGGCUCCUGUGUCAGGCUGCGCGUGGUCUAGCGACAGCGCUUACAUUGCAACCCGAGAUAGCAGCGACACUGUACGAGUCUGGGAUGGACAGACAUUCCAGCUGCUGCCUCUUGACCGUGAGGGCGCCAUCCACACAACGCAUGGGAGGCCUCUGUUCUCUCCUGACGGAUGCUGUCUUCUUGUUCAGAAUUGGGACACUUGCGGUUUCUGGGACUUUGUAUCUGGUGUAUACCUCGCACUCGAAUUCGAGCCAGAUGACGGGGCCAUUCAGCCUCUCUGUGCCGCAUUCAACACGGAGGUUACGCACGUCGCAGUUGGAUAUGAGGACGGGACGAUUCGUCUUUGGGACAUGGCCACCAGGAAGGAUCCCCUGCUCUGCAAGGUGCACGGAGGAUGGGUCAACAACGUGGUAUUCUCCCCGGAUGGUCGGCUGCUGCUCUCUGGCAUAGUGCGGUCGCUGGAGGGACACAAGUCACAGGUAUCGAAGGCGUGCUUCUCCCCGUGCGGAAAGUUUAUCGCCUCUGCAUCUCUUGACACGACGGUGAGGGUGUAA